UGUUGUUUUAACUAAAUCUUUUUUGUACAAACAAAGAUGGCUGCUGCUUCAUCUCCUUUCAUUUCCCUCAUCUUCCUCCUCUUCCUCGCUGUUGCUGCGGAGUUGAAACCGUCACCUCAACGAGACAACAAACAGGUCUUACACUCUCUGUUUGGCUCUCAUCUUUCAACUCUCAUCUUGGCCACUCCCACUUUUGAUGACAUCACAGAGGGAUCAGCCGGACAGCUCACCAAGGCCUCCACAACUCCCGCUGCAGUACUGCCUGUGAGCCGCGCCCUUGCAAAGCGAGUGAACAGCAGGACUGAGGCAGUCCCUCAGUUCUUUCUCAACUUCCUGCGGCGACAGACCAAGAUGAGGAGGUGGAGCCGCAAGUCGAUGAUGGGAGGGAGAGGAUGCUUUGGGAUGAAGAUGGACCGUAUUGGGUCCAUGAGUGGUCUGGGCUGUUAG